UUGGUCUAUCUAUUUAUCUGUAAUUAUUUAGUUUAAUAGAGAUAAAGAACCAGAGCCUUUUGAUAAUAUUAUUGAAAUGUAUUUUCUGUAUUUCCAUGACGAUGAGCAUGACCAAGUUAACUGUCGGCUCUCGACUCUGAAUGUUUCAAGCAACAGAUAUACUCCACAAUGUGAUUGAGGUUUUCCGGAAGCUGGUGAAAGGAGAACUCAGGCAGCAGCUGAUGUCUUAUGCAGAAGGUUUUAAUGUAGACUUGAUGCAUCAAGGAGAUCAGAAGGUGAAACAACAUACAAACGUUAAAAGAGCUACAUGAGCAAGACCCCCAAGUCUGAAGAUGUCUCCCACAGCUUCCCAGUAUAUCUUGCUCUACUCGCGUCACCCAUUCUAACAGUACAUCCAUGAACGGCUAAAAUUGCUGUCAAUUUCUAUGUUACAUGGAGGUUUUCACAUUCUAUUGAAUAGUUAAGUCUAAAAUAUGAAUCCCAAAUCACAUUUGUGUCCUUACGUUUUGCCAUUGGUGAAAUACCAUGCAUCUCAAAAAUGUCAAAUGUGGCACAGAUUAGUGAGCACAUCAUGUCUGUAUCUUCAGUAUUAGCUUCAGUAAUGGACUUUUAUUAUUAUUUAAUCAUUCAUUUUUUCAGUUACUUACUUUUGCAAAUGUCUAGACAUUCAGCCAUGAAGCGACAAUACAAUCCAAUUUUACAAAGCAAGAUCAAAUAAAAUGGAAUAUAAUUAAAAUAGCUUUAAAUCCUCAUAUAACAAAUAGUAACUUAUUUUGAUUUUAAUGAGGGUCAAUCCUAUCACUUAGAAAACCUUGCUUUAUGAUUGUGACAUUUACCAGUUCUCAGUAUAAGUUGAACCUUAUCUAUUUCUUCAUUUCAUCUUUCAGUCACUCUCAAAUCGUAGAGCGACACCCGCCUCCUGAUUGGCUCAGUGGCUGACAUGUGACACAGGAAGUGGAUUUCGCUGAUCGACUCGGUCGCAGCUGUCAGACUGUGAAAUGUUUGUGUGUAAUUGCCAGUUGUGUUAUUGUUGUGUGUAUGUGUGUGUGUUUGACUGAGCUCUUACUCUCUACACAGCUCAGACUGGUGCCGCCUCUCCCUGAGUGUCUGUGUGUGUGUCUGUGAGCAGCAGCCGUGUCAGUGUUGGAGUCCCAUCUGUCAGGGGAGGCAUCAUGAACUCGCUGGUGACUAAGUUAGAUCACAUGUGGAUCAGCUUCACCUUCAGACAACCUCGGCUCCCGGCUGCAGCAGCUCCCAAGGUGCAGCUCUCCACCCUCCCUCCGGAUCCUGUCAUCCCCUCUAAGAAGCCUUUCAAAGUGGAGCUGGUUGGUGGAAAGCGUUAUUCCUGGUGCACCUGUGGGCAAAGUAGGAAACAGCCUUUCUGUGAUGGAGCCCAUAAACUGAAAGCCCCGGGCCUGACCCCGCUACGUUUUGUUCCAGAGAAGGACACCUCUGCUUGGUUGUGCGGCUGCAAAUACACCAACAACCCACCUUACUGCGAUGGCACGCACAAGCAGGACUUCAUUGUAUCUGCAACACUACACGAGCAAAGUGACUCGUAAACCAGCAGGAUCAUUGCCAAAUGAUUUUGGGUUUUGGUUAUAAACCUCCUCCUGGUCAAGGAGCAUUUACUUCACACAUUUUUUGCACAUCAGUAUGGUCCUUGAACACAGCUCACAUGACAUGAUCUGCCAUGUCGGGUGUCUGAAUAUUCUCAGUAUUUCAAGCACUACAUGGGAUGUAUUCUGGGAAAGAUUUGUAAAGUAAAUCUAGGGAAUGGUGUACCUGAAGAAAAGUGUCUCUGUCAGCUAAACACUGAUAUAUGUGAAUGAAGCAAUUUAUGAAUUCAUCCUAUAAAGACACAGGCAGGGUGUAACUCUGUUUUCUCUUUCAUCCGUUGGGAUAUGUGCUCAUAUGCGUUUCUUUAUUGAAAUGAAAUGCACUGCAUAAACACUGAACUGUCAGAUUGUCCUACCAGUAAAUAAGUUCCUACUGUAUCCACCAAUAAAUACUACAUCUUUAUAAUUGUCA